AUAUUAGUUUCUGCCAUAAUGGCCAGAACCAAGCAGACAGCGCGCAAAUCCACCGGAGGAAAAGCUCCCCGCAAGCAGCUGGCGACCAAAGCGGCCCGCAAGAGCGCUCCGGCCACGGGCGGAGUGAAGAAGCCUCAUCGCUACAGGCCCGGCACGGUGGCUCUGCGGGAGAUCCGCCGCUACCAGAAAUCCACCGAGCUGCUGAUCCGCAAACUGCCGUUCCAGCGCCUGGUGCGGGAGAUCGCUCAGGACUUCAAGACCGACCUGCGCUUCCAGAGCUCGGCCGUGAUGGCCCUGCAGGAGGCCAGCGAGGCUUACCUGGUGGGUCUGUUUGAGGACACCAACCUGUGUGCCAUCCACGCCAAGCGGGUCACCAUCAUGCCCAAAGACAUCCAGCUGGCCCGGCGGAUCCGCGGGGAGCGCGCCUAAACGGAGCGUGCCCGGCCCUGUACAUUCACCCCGAGAAACACAACGGCUCUUUUCAGAGCCACUAAACUGUCCCGAGA